AAGACAGAUUCCAAACUUGACCCAAUCUCAAAACAUCAUUCAACACUACUUCUGCCUCAAAAUGUCUCCUCUCCCAGCCUCUACUCAACUCGGCGCUUCGGUUGAUGGAACUUUCCCUUCGAUGCCACCUCAUCAAGUCAUUCAAGGCUGCAGUGUUUGGCAUUGGAAAGAUAAGCUAUCCCCGGCUGAAGGCUGGAUCGUUAUCGACUCACCUGUGCCUACUCACUCGGGCGGCGGGCUCUUCCUUCAUGAGGAUGCAACUCUCAAUGAGGUUCGCGAUAUUGCUCGCUCUAUGAGCGCCAAACUCGCUGUGUCUUCCCAACCUCAGGUCGUUGGUGCCAAGGGCGGCAUUAGGUUUCCUCAUGAGGACUCACGUGCUCCUUUUGUCUUGGAGCGUUUCAUUCGCGACAACGCAGCUGUCCUCUCGGAGUAUUGGGGCACGGGAGGAGACCUCAACACAGACCACGACAUUAUCGACAGACACGCUAGAGCCUACUGCUCUCCGGGCACUUUGACCGCGCUUGAUGCACUCAGUCGUUCUCUUGGCUACUCCGGCUCGAAUCCCAAGGAGAUCCAUGACCUCCUCGGAGAAAAGCUUGAUAACAGCGGAUGGGGUCUCAGCGAGUUCUGUGUUGGCUAUGUGAUGGCUGCUACCCUCAAAGAGCUCAUUAUCCACACAAAGCCGGAGCUUAUGGGACAGGCUCGCCUAGUUCUCCAGGGUUUCGGUUGCGUCGGUUCUACCUUUGCCCAAGCAGCUGCCCAGCUAGGUAUCGGCCGGGUAGUUGCCGUCUCCAGUCAGUAUGGCUUUCUAGUCAACGACAAUGGCAUUGACUGUGCCUCAAUCGAAGCCUUUCGGCGCAACACCGAGAAGACUCCUAUCUCAGGACUUGAUCCUCGGAGCCUGGAGGCUGGUCUCACCGAGGCCGAGCUAGGCGCAGCUUUGUAUACCAAGCGCAGAGCUGGCUCAACUGACGAAGAACACCUUGUCAACUUCCUCGCCGCAUCUCGGGGCGAAGUCUUUGUUCCCUGCGCUCAGCGCUAUAUCCUUACACAGCGAGCACUUUCCAUCUUAAGCGACGAAACCUUCGCUGAGGUACCCCGUGGCGCCCGUUUUAUCCUCGCUGGCGCCAACAACAUUUUCAAUCCUGUUGAGAGCAGAGGUGAAACUCUGUCUAAACUUGAUUCUGCAUCAAUCCGGAUGCUACCAGAGUGGAUUAGUAACUCGGGAACGGCCAACCUCUUCAUGCGAGCUUGUAGCGGCUUCGCGCUGCAGGGCUAUGGUGCAUCCAACCUCGAGGCAUCUGCGAACGACACUAAGGCCUUUGUCAACGCCGCUUUUGGCAGCGUCGGAUAUCGAGCAAGCAAUGUAGCUCUUUGGGAAGCCUGUGAGGACCUUGCAACUACUCGGCGCAGAACAGGAGCAGUCAAUCUCCUCGGUGUUAAGAGAAUGGCUCAUUUGACCCUGACAACGCACGGGGUUGAAAGAGCUGCCCAAACAGUUAAGGAGGUCUACAACGCCAAGUUCAACAAAGAUGAGAGCCUUUAUCGACUUCCAGGUCUCGGUGAUCCGACCCUCAGCAUUUUCAAAGCUCCCGAGAGCGCUGGGCCUGGAGACAUCGGGCUUUCUUUACGCUUCUCUGUCUACAACAUUGUGAAGACUCGCCAAGUCCUCGAGGCUCAAAGGAUUACCUUCAAAGACCGACUACUUCAAGACGGUUCAACUGAGCUUGUUGUCCUGCGCGAGGAAACCGGAUACCCCAUGAGCUUUUGCCAAGCCCCGGCCGAGGAGCCAUCGAAUGACGACUUUUCAACUUCCUCUAAUGUUCUAGACUCCAUAGCCGGCUCAACCCGCCAACUUGACCACUACGCUGCCAUCAUGCCCGACACCAAACGUAUGAAAGUUUUCCACGAGCGCAUGUUAGGUUUCACUCCCCUUCGGACUUUUACGGUCAACACGGGAUCCGCUUCCGAUGGUGGCGAUGAUGGGCUGAUGCAAGUUAUGGGCAUCCCCUUUGAUGCCAAACGAGUUGUUAUUCUUACUGAAGGGUUGAACCCUGAUUCGGUCUUUUACAAGCUGAUGAUGCGUCAUGAUGGAGCUUAUGUUCAUCAUGUUGCACUGGAGGUUGAAGACGUUGACGCCGUUUUCGCUGAAGUGAGGGCCAGAGGCUGGACUACUACAGCGGAAGAUCUUAGCUACGACGUUGCCACAGGUCUUCGUCAGUUCUUCUUGAAGGAAGAUGAAACCGGUUGCAUCUUGGAGCUGAUUGGGCGUAGUAGUAAGGACAGCAAAUCAAAGACCCAGGAAAAGUCAUUCUCUGGCUCUGCGGAUGAUGGAGACGUUGUUAAAGACGAUGGUGCGGAUGAUGUUGGCACUUAUGCCAACGGCCAGGUGGCAUUCCGCACGGAAAACAUUGUUGCUUUAGCUCAGUCUUUGGAUCAAUCCGACUAG